AUGAUUGGAACAGUUGCAUCUAUCUUGUUUAAACGAGCCUCAAUAGAAAAAUGGAAUGAGUUUGAUCAAACUCUCAUGUUGGUGUUCACAAUAGCUCAAUCAGUUAUUUGGAUUAUGAUACCCGGUUUGGCGUUUUUGUACAGUGGAUUAGCUCGACGGAAAUCUGCCUUAUCUAUGAUUUGGAUCGUCAUAGCCUCUUCAUUUGUGGGUAUUUUCCAAUGGUAUUUCUGGGGUUACUCUUUGGCUUUCAGUGCUUCAAGUAAUAGUUUUAUUGGUAACUUGGAAUAUUUUGGUUUCAAGGGUUUAUUGGCAUCGCCUUCAGAUGAGACUUAUCCACUUUUGGCCUUUUCUCUUUUCCAAAUGGAAUUUAUGUUGGUUACUUUGGCCAUUAUUGCGGGUCCCUGUGUGGCUGAAAGAGGUCGUUUUCUUCCUGCUAUAGUGUUCUUCUUUUGUUGGGCUACCAUUGUCUACUGUCCUGUUGUCUAUUGGAUUUGGGGUGGUGGCUGGGCUGCCAAAUGGGGGGUCUUAGACUACGCUGGUGGUGGACCAGUGGAAAUUCUUUCUGGUGUUACCGCAUUGGUAUACUCGUACUUCUUGGGGAGACGGAAUGAGACUCUUAUGAUCAAUUAUAGACCCCAUAACAUAUCAACUAUCUUUACCGGUACAGCUCUUUUGUAUGUCGGAUGGUUGUUCUUUAACGGGUUCUCAGCAGGUAAUGCAUCCUUGAAGGUUCCUUAUUCAAUGAUGAAUUCUCAUUUGUCUGCUGCCUUUGGUGCAUUAACAUGGUGUCUUUUGGAUUAUCGUUUGGAAAAGAAAUGGUCUAUGGUUGCCGUAUGUUCUGGGUGUAUUUCUGGUUUAGUUGCUGCCACUCCUUCCUCCGGUAUCAUCCCCCUAUGGGCUUCUGUCAUUUUGGGGAUUGUCACCGGUAUAGUUUCUAACUUUUCCACCCAAAUCAAAAACUUGAUGAGAAUUGAUGAAAGCUUAGAUGCUUUUGCCGAGCACGGUAUUGCCGGAAUGGUUGGAUUAAUUUUCAACGGUAUCUUUGGUUCUAGAACUGUCAUUGGAUAUGAUGGUGUCACUGACCAUGCUGGUGGUUGGAUUGACCACAAUUGGAAACAAUUGUAUAAGCAAAUUUGUUACAUUCUUGCUGUUACCGCAUAUGGCGCCGGUGUGUCUGCUGUAAUCUGUAUUGUUCUUAACUACAUUCCAGGUUUGUAUUUGCGUGUGGAUUAUGAAGGUGAGGAAAGAGGUAUUGAUGAAGACCAAAUUGGGGAAUUUGCUUAUGAUUAUGUUGAAGUUAGAAGAGACUAUUUAUCUUGGGCAAAUCCUCAACCUGCUAGUACGUAUAGUGCUGGUGAAAAGGGUGAAGAAUUAGAACAUCCAGUGGAAGAUGAUGAUCAUGCAGUUGGUAGUUCUAAUGCUUCGGUGCAUGAACCAAUCAUUCACGAAAAGAACGUUGCGUCAGCUUAA